UCUUCACUGAUCACCAACCUGAACGCCAGAACAGACCCCAUCUUUUCACGGACAGAAUGAGAGGUCUUCUGUAACCAGGCAUAACUGGCCAUCAUGGGGAAAUUGAUCAGAAUGGGAACACGGGAGAGGCGGUUUCUCCGGCCAAAACGGCUUCAUUGGAGUCGCCUCCUCUUCCUGUUGGGAACGUUGAUCUUCGGUUCCAUUUACCAGCACCUGAGGAGCUCCCAGGGCCUCCCCUCAUUGUGGGCAGCAGUGUCUUCCCAACACCCUGUAAAACUGGCCAGCCGUGACCUCUUUAACAAUGAUAUGAUGAUGGUGAGCAGUGACCCUCCAAGAGCUAGCUCUGAAAUGGCAGGUGAUACAUUGGUGCCCCAAGCUACAGUUGACAGGGGUGAAGAAACACCUGGCAUAACAAUGGAGAAUACUCCCUAUCCACCCAGAAGGACAGCCAACACCACUCCAACAACACUCAAGAAUAACUAUAACCUAACAGCAGCAGACACAGAAAGAAUGGAGGAAGACACCACAACCACACCCAGCACAGUACUGAAUCACUACACCCCAACUUCAAGCAGACCAACAGUAAAGAAUCAUACCUCAGCAACACCACCCAGCAGAGAAAUGCAGAGCUACCACCCAACUCAGGCUGGGAGAAAGGUGAAGAAAUACACCCCAUCUCCACUUGGUAGAAUAGUAGGCAAUUAUUCCCCAUUUCCACUCAUGACAAUGACAAAGAGCCAUGGGAUCACCCCCAGAACAACAGUGAAAGACAGUGAAGCUAUGACAACCACCAAAAUAUUGAAGACCAACUCUACUAAGAGAAUGGUAGAGGAAACCACCCCAACUACUCUCAAGGGAGAAAUUCAUACAACCCCAACUUUCCUGGUAAAUGACAUAGAAACAAACAUCUUGACUUCUCCAAGGAGUAUGACAGAAGAGAACAUCCUGACUACCACCAGAAGAGUGGACAAUAAUAGAUCAACCAAGCCCCGGGGGUUAGCGAGAAAGAACAAGCUGACACCUCCUCUGGAAACGGUCCUGGAGGACACCACAGUCAUCUCUGAGGGGCAAGUGACAAUACGCACCACAACAGGCAGUAGCCCAACAGAAACCAAAGCCUCUACCGCUACCUGGAGUAUUAGUAAUCCGUUGUCUAGAACCAGUGCAUCGACCACUGGAAUUUCUUCCACCACCUUCUGGGGGCUGGCAAAGAGACUUUCCACGGCACCAAGGCCCUCAGCAUCCUCCGAGGCCAGGGCAAAUCCAACCAUCCAGGUCCAUCACUGUGUGGUUGUGGAGCCAGCCCCAGUGGUGCCCCCUGCCGCCUCCCCCAGCCUGACAACAGCUAUGAUCCCAGAGGUGCCCAGUUCCAGUCCCUCAGCACUGCCUCCUGGCUGGCCAGACCUUCACACCAAGGGAGAGUACCCCCCAGACUUGUUCAGCAUAGAGCAGCGGCAACAGGGCUGGGUGGUCCUGCACAUCUUUGGCAUGAUGUACGUGUUUGUGGCCUUGGCCAUUGUGUGCGAUGAGUACUUUGUCCCAGCCCUGGGUGUCAUCACAGAUAAACUACAGAUCUCUGAUGAUGUGGCGGGUGCCACCUUCAUGGCUGCUGGAGGCUCUGCCCCUGAGCUCUUCACCUCCCUCAUUGGCGUCUUCAUCUCCCACAGCAACGUGGGCAUUGGUACCAUCGUGGGCUCUGCUGUGUUCAACAUCCUCUUUGUCAUUGGCACCUGUGCCCUCUUCUCCCGGGAGAUCCUCAAUCUCACAUGGUGGCCCUUAUUCCGUGAUGUCUCUUUCUACAUCCUUGACCUGAUAAUGCUCAUUAUCUUCUUCCUGGACAGCCUCAUUGCCUGGUGGGAAAGCCUGCUGCUGCUGCUGGGCUAUGCUUUCUAUGUGUUCACCAUGAAGUGGAAUAAGCAGGUCGAGGUCUGGGUGAAGGAGCAGCUCAGCAGGAGGCCAGUGGCCAAGGUCAUGGCCCUAGGGGACCUCAGCAAGCUCCCGGCAGUGCUCCCAGCAGUGCUGACACGAGAGAGGAGCUUGGCCUCUCUGCACAACAGUACCAUCCGCAGCCCCAUCUUCCAGCUCAUGCUCCACAGCCUGGACCCUCUGGGAGAAGCCCGCCACUCCAAGGACAAGGAGGAGGAGAGCUUGAGUAAGCAGGCCAAAGCCAAGCCUCAUGCUAAAGCAGAGAACAAACCAGAAGAGGAGGAGCCAGCCCAGCUUCCUGAGGCCAUGGUCACAGCCCCUGCUCCAGAAGUCAAGGGAGAUCAGGAGGAGGAUCCCGGUGGUCAGGAAGGAGAGGUGGCUGAGGCUGAGAGCACAGGUGAAGUGACAGGUGAAGACGCUGAAGCUCCUGGUAGAGGUGAAAAUGGACAACAAGGCGGAGGUGAAACUCAACUGGAAGGUGAAGGUGAAAUUGAAGCAGAAGGAGAAAGUGAACAUGAAGGUGAAAUCGAAGAAGGAAAAUGCGCCAAUGAAUGUGAUCCUGGAGGUGAACUCCAGGCAGAAGGAGAAGCAGUUGAUGACGGUGGAGGUGAACUCCAGGCAGAAGAUGGUGAAAUGAAAGCUGACGAGGGUGAAAAUGAGGAGCAGGAACUCAAUGCUGAACGUAAAAGUGAAGCCAAAAGUGAUGAGAAAGAUAGAGAUGCUGAAGGGGGAGGAGAAGGACAUGGAAGUGAAGAUGAAAAGGAGGAAGAAGAGGAGGAAGAGGAGGAAGAGGAAGAUGAGGAGGAGGAGGAGGAGGAAGAGGAGGAGGAGGAGGAGGAAGAGGAGGAAGACGAGGAGGCAAAUGAGGAGCCUUUGUCCCUGGAGUGGCCCGAGACGAGGAAGAAGCAGGCCAUUUACCUGUUCCUCCUGCCCAUUGUGUUCCCACUGUGGCUGACAGUGCCCGACGUCCGGAGGCUGGAGUCUAAGAAGUUUUUUGUUUUUACCUUCCUGGGAUCUGUCAUGUGGAUUGCCAUGUUCUCAUACCUCAUGGUAUGGUGGGCUCACCAGGUUGGUGAAACAGUAGGGAUUUCUGAAGAAAUAAUGGGUUUGACGAUCCUAGCAGCAGGCACUUCCAUUCCUGACCUCAUCACCAGUGUGAUUGUCGCUCGGAAAGGCCUGGGAGACAUGGCCGUGUCAAGCUCUGUGGGCAGUAACAUAUUUGAUAUCACCGUGGGUCUGCCUGCCCCUUGGUUGCUCUUCUCUCUCAUCAAUGGAUUACAGCCUGUUCCAGUCAGCAGCAAUGGCUUGUUUUGUGCAAUUGUUUUGCUUUUCCUCAUGCUCUUGUUUGUGAUCUCUUCAAUUGCCUCAUGCAAAUGGAGAAUGAACAAGAUCCUGGGCUUCACGAUGUUCCUCCUUUACUUUAUAUUCCUGAUAAUCAGCGUGAUGUUAGAAGAUCGAAUCAUUUCCUGUCCCGUAUCUGUCUGAGUCAGAGUCACUGUUGCUCACAAUGGACAUGGAUCAGAAAAACCAUGCCAGAAGCUACUGUACUUCUUGUCACAUUAAUGAAAGAAUGAACAUGGUCCAGGAGAGUGACCGGAGUGGCCAAGAGCCUCUGAUGGGAAUGUCAUCUGAACAUUAUCCUUGGAAGCACCUGCAGCUCAUUGUGGAUUAACAAUCUCCCCUCUAGAGGGAUGGAGCUCCUGCCCCUGACUGCUGUUGGCAGCUAUCAUGUGGAGGCCCGUAGAAGGACCUCUGGAGCCAGAGGGUUUUCUGAAUGAGAGAUAACUUGGGGGUGAGGGCUGGGACAGGCACAGUAGCAGUAAGGCAAGCCCCCAUGCCCACAGUCCCUGAUCAUUCCUGAAGGGCUGUUGAUCCGAAGAUGCAGAUGUGGUCUACACUGCAUCCCCGGGCCUCUGGCCCAAGCACAUGCUGCAAUUUGCUGUCCUCUCUUUUUCUGUUUAAAAUGUGGCUUGUUUUUUAAAUCAGAUUUGUAAAUAUUACAGGUCUAAUUAUUGGUGAGUUUAAGGAACUAAGACUAUAGAAAAAAAUGUAUAAUAGGAAUCAAUUACAUUAUACAUCAUAGUCCAGUAAAAUGUAUACCAGUAUUUUAUAGCUUAAAAGGACUACCUUAGCUCUUACAGCUGCAUUUCUCAAAACUGAAAUUAAAGUAAGUAGCCCAAGAAAUUAAAAUUUAUUCAUCACCCUUGAAUUGGAAGUGGGAGUGUUAGGGAAGGAAAACUACUCUAAGGGCUAUUUAAACAUAUGUACUUACUAGAAAAUCCAAGUUAGUAUUGUCUCCGCCAAGUGGUCACCUUGAGGGAUUAGACAGUCAUACAAAAGCAGUCCUGGCUUUGCUCCUCCAGCAUAUUCCCGCCUAACAGUGACAGCAGCUACUAGUGAGUAAGAAAAGGAGUAAUUUUAAAGAGAUCCCAAAAUCAGUAGAGCCAAGUCUGAUUUAUAAAGUAAGAGAUCCUGUGGGGUAAUGCUAUUUUUGUGUCACCCUAGAUAGGAUUAUAAAGCAAGACGAUUGAUUUCCUGCGUGGCUUAUAAGUGGAUCUCCAGGCAGUUAUAAAGGAGAAAUUCCAAAAAUGUUUAACAUGAUGACAACAUGGUGAGAUAGAGAGUAUUACUGCUUCCACUAAAGGACUUUUGUGUUUGUACAAAUUGUGUCACUAUUUAAACAUUGCAUGUGGAAUUUGAAGUGCUUGCAUAUUAAAAACCACCGCUUGCUGCUUUUACUAGCAUUGAUUUAAGGGACACAUUAGAAAUGAAACAGUUCUGUGUCCCUAGUUUCAGAGCAGAAGGAGCUCAGGUGACUAUAGAUUAUGAUGGUAAAUACAGCUUUAAUUAUGAACAUGAGAGGCUUCAUUGAAGAUUAGAAGAUAGCAGGACAGAUGUGAUGUAAAAAAAAAAAAAUCAAACCUUUUGGUGUUCAAAAUACUUAAGUCCAUAAUUCAUCUCUUAGGAUGGGCUGAUUAAUUAAUUAAUUGCCUCCCUGCCCCAGGAUUCACAUUCUUUGGAAAUGACUUUUAUUAAAUUUCAAUAAAUUGUGAGUCCUAAUGGUAUUUUAUUCUGCAAACAUGGAUGAGUUAAUCUGUAUCUUUGGGUCACUUGGUUGGAAUGCUUGAGAAGAUAACCAUGGAAACAUAGUCAUUCCAUAUUCUUAGUUAUCCUCAUUGGUGCUGUUGCAUUGCCUGCUCUCCAUAUGGCAUGGCCCAAGAACAGGAGGACAGAACGAGUCAGAAGGGUGAUUCCAAUGCCAAACUGUGCACAUCUGCAGCCAAUUCCAGCCAACUCAGGGACAUCACCCGAGAGCCUGGGUUCCAAUAUUUUCCCCAGAAUGGAUGAGGAGUACUGGACAGUGAAACAUUUUGUUAUGAGAAAGUGCUGAACAGACAUUUCAUGAUUAAAGUCAACUCUAAUGAUCUAACAUCCCAUUCAUGAUCAGUUUGCUGGAUGUCUGGUAUUUCCCUUUGCUUGGAGAGGAAGGUCUGAUCACAUCACACUGUGACAGAAAGGGUCAAGUGAAAUGAAAGCUGGGUGUUGAUGGAUGUAUAAGAAGUCACUGGGGUGGGAGGGAGGAAGGAGACUUCAGGGAGAUGGAAAACUUAUACAAUUUUUAAAAGAUCAAUUUGUUCUGCUUGGAAAUGAAAUUUUUUGUUAUAUGUUUAUAAAUCUAUAAUUUAUUAAAAUUAUACUGUUUAGCGUGAAGGAUCAUCUUAAAGUGUCAAGAUAAUGGUGAGAUGGUCCUCUCAUGUGAUAGGCAAAGUGACCUAUCUAGUCACGGGGACAAAUCCCAGGUUACUCAUUCAGCCUUAGGAUGCAUGAACUGUCCCACUGGAGCUUCU